AGAGAGAGAGAGAGAGAAAGGAAGGAGGAAAGAAGAGAGAGAGGGAGAGAGAGUUGUUAAGAAGGUGGAGGCCAGAUUUCAAGGCACGGAUUCCCCUCAAACCUCAUCACCCAACCCAACCCAAUCUGAACUAAUCCUCCCUUUAACCUCCAACAUCCAAAGCUUCCCAACUUCCCCCAACCCUCUCUCUCUCUCUCUCUCUCUCUCUCUCUCUCUGCGGAGCAGAUUUAAUCUCCUUUGAAGUAUUCAACUUCUCUGAAUCUCUUGGUUUUCUACCGGCUCCCCUUAGCCGAGGCCAUGCGGAGAGGGAGGGGUACCACAGCGGCAACGGCAACGGCAGCGGCGGCGGCGGCGGCGAUUGGAUCAGGAGGAGGAGGGUCAAAGAACGUAGGGAAAGAGAUGAGAUUCAGAGGGGUACGGAAGAGACCGUGGGGUAGAUUUGCAGCGGAGAUCAGAGACCCAUGGAAGAAAACACGUGUGUGGCUUGGCACCUUUGACUCUGCCGAAGACGCUGCUCGUGCCUACGACGCGGCCGCCAGAACCCUCCGUGGCCCCAAGGCUAAGACCAACUUCCCUUUCGACCCUCUCUCUUCCUCAUCUCCUCACCCUCCUCCUGCUCCUCCCCAUCUCCACCGCAACUCCCUUGCGUUUCAACACAACAACCCCAGCGACCUUAACUACCCUCCUCAUCCACAACUGCACAACCAGCAUCAACACCCUCCGCCUCAGAGGCCUACGACGAGCAACCUAAGCAGCACUGUCGAGUCCUUCAGCGGGCCCAAGCUUUCGUCUUCUACUCUGGUUGCUACUGCCAGUGCCAGAUCGCAACACCGCCGCCAGCACCUUCUGUCACCGCCCGUCCUCCCUGACGAUUGCCACAGCGACUGUGACUCCUCUUCCUCGGUUAUCGAUGGCGACGGUGAUAUUGCCUCUUCUUCCUUGCGUAGACCCUUGCCUUUCGACCUCAAUCUACCACCGUUGGAUGUCGACGUCGUCGUUACUAGUGACGAUUUCCAGAGCACUGCUUUAUGUCUCUGAUGCUUCAAUGGAUUUCUGCAUCUGGGUCUACAAUUCUUUUUCUUCUUUCAUUUUUUCCUUUUUCAACUCUUCACGACUUUCCCUUCUCCCUUAAUCGAAAUACAUAGUUAAUGAUGAUUAUCGUUCAUCUUGGUAAUGAAUCGGUCGCUUGAUUUGGGGGGUUUCUUUGCUAGUAUAAGCGUCUGUGAUCUGUUGGAGCUUUCUUCAACUUCAUGGGCUUGAAGUCUGGUCUCUAUUGUUGAGGUUAAUCAUGGUGGGGGUGGGGGUGGGGUGGGGGGGAUCGGAUCUGGCCUGGAGUCUUGGUCUGCCGAUCUGUUGCAUCUUACCCAUCUUCUGUGUUGUACAAAAGAAAAGAAAAGAAAAAAUUCUAAUUCAAUGAAUGAGAAAGAGAAAUUGAAAUCUCUA